AUGAUCUUAUCCACUCCAAUUAAAUUAUUAUUCAGUUUGCUGAAGAAUGGUUCACGAUGGUGGCUGCAGCUGCAACCAAAUUGUGGAUAUCAAAAGGGCUCGAUGAUUGAGCAGUUCAACUUCCAGGAGAUGAAUAUGGAGACCUUUGAAACUCAUGAAAGCUCAAGUGCCUACUCACAAAAUGAAACUGCCUACCAAGAAUCUUCCAUUGAUAAUCACUCUAGCGGGUUCGCAACUCGUGAGAAGAAAGAUUGUAGAGUCAAAGAGCAAGAUCUAAGUUCUUUGUACUCCAAGAAUACCAGAUAUCCUUUUGAGCACGAAGCAAUAGAUUUUGGUGAACUAACCAACACGGAUUUUGUUGAUUGUAAAGUUCCCAAGAAAUCCAGUAAGCUAUCUUUGGAUUCAAAGUCACCUUGGACUGGGGCCGAGAAAAAUGUGCCAUGGUGGCGAACUGCAGAUACAGGAGAAUUGACUUUAUUGGUUUCUCAAAGGUCGCUUGAUGUUAUAGAAAAUUGUGAUCUUCCUCAUCCUCAGAAUACUCAUGUCAGGAAAAACCUCGAUACCAAUGUAUGCGGUUUUAGUUGUGGUGGAAUUUACAAGUCGUCAUUAGACCUGAGGCCCAACACGGGGAGUAACAAGAAUUCAACUGUUCCUACACCAUACAGCCUUGAAGCAGAAAGUGCUUGCAAAAAACACUGGGCAACAGUUGAAUGUCGACCACUAUCCAAAGCAAACAAAUCAAUGAGUCUGACUCAAAAAGGGUCACCUGAAAUGAAUGCAUAUGAGAAUGAUCCAAGCAAGGCUCAACUUCUGGAAGCACUACGUCUCUCUCAGACGCGUGCUCGGGAAGCUGAGAAAGCAGAAAAACUCGCUCGUGUGGAGAAAGAGCACAUUGUGAAGCUAGUCUUUCGACAGGCGUCUGAGCUGUUUGCUUAUAAGCAGUGGUUCCAUCUUCUGCAACUCGAGAACAUUUAUAUCCAGAUGAAGAACAACUAUAGCCAGCCAAUAUUGCCUGUGUUACCUCGGGUGCCUCAAAGAACUAGGAAAAUACGUAAGACCUGGCAAAAAUCUACCUGGAGAAAAUGGGCCAAGAAACCUCGUUAUCGAUAUAAUAUUAGCAAAUACGCAAUGGUUUUUGCUUUAGGCUUGGGUCUAGUUGGUGCUGGUUUGUUACUGGGAUGGACUGUCGGGUUGAUGCUGCCAACCUUGUGA